AUGGUUGGCCGCGAUUACACUAUUUUGAUAGUCAGGAAUAUUCUUGAUGAUGAUGGUGAUGAUAAUGGUGAUGACAAUGGUGAUGAUAAUGCUGGUGACGAUGAUGAUAAUGAUAAUGUAUUCAUUACCUUUUGUUUUCUUCUAUAA